UGAGAAGCUGUGUGUUUAAGGUGUUGUACCUUAUCUGACAUUAUUGUAUUAGCUGUCUUCCCACACAAGCUUAGGUACCGGUAGCUAUCGCGACAUGGCUAAAUGCUGCAUGGUAUCACUAUACAACCAAGACAUUUGGGGUAAGGAUCCAUUGGUUCUGAGAAGAUUACUGUACUUGAUCCGAGACCGGUGGUUUCGACUAUUUAAACCCUUGCACACAAUGUCACCAACCACGAUAUCGGGCAAAUUCUUUGAGAGACAACCUCAACAAGCGGUAUAAAAAGCCAGAACGUACUCAUCCCAAGCAUCUCAGAGGUGAAUGUUGCACAGAGAUUAUCUAGGUAGCGUGCGUUUGAUCACCCAAGCGUGACCAUCUCAAUCUUGGCUCUUACAACCCCAACAAGGUCAUUGCCCCUCUUUGACUUGAACACAUUGUUUCGCUCUGUUCUCUCUAUUUCUCGUCAACAAUCACAAUUGCGGCAUCGGAUCUGCGGUGACUCCCAGAUAUAUCUGCGCCCUAGAGCUCCCAGUCACGGUUUACCCGCCACGGGAAUAAGCGAGACCUAACAGCGGCGAGGUGAUAGCGUUUUGACGGGAUCUUAUAUGAUCUCCUAGCUCAAAAGUUCUUUCAACUACCAUCUCAGCAGCUAGCACCCUUGUUUCGUUCCGCAUCAAAGCUCCACGCCUCCACAGCUUCGGCCGGGACAAGAUACCACAGAAUAUUAUUUCCUGGCGUCAACAUCUAAUGCUAGCCCGUCGAAAUCCCGUAGCAUCGGUCCGCUUCGGCCAGACGCUGCGAUGUCAGCCGCCUUUAAAAUCUUCGAGGUUGGCUGCUAGCCCCGAGGUCAACGAGCCCGGUCAACGAUGUGCGAGCACCCUGCGGCCCGCUUCCUCAGGUACGUUUUUCUGAGAACUUCUAUGGAAGAUUUCUCUGGGUUUUCUUUAUCGUCUCGCCCAAUUGCGUGUUUUUGCUUUAUAUACAUCUGCGCCCCAGUCUGCAGGGCCGGUCCGGUCCCAGUGAAACGGGAGCGAGGUGCUCUUGGAAGAUGAUCUAGGAGACAAGGCAAAGAAAGGCAGCCGAGAGAUAUGGCGCAAGGCACUACGUUCGAUUGGAUCUCUUAUAACUGUCUUUCAUGGCUUUUGUUGCAGCUGCACUGUCAUUACCCCUGCACCUUGUUAUCCAUGUUCUGUUUCAACCUAUUACGUUUUAUCAUGCCCUUUUCAGCCGCCUCUUUUUCACUUCUGAUAUGAGAGCGAAUGCCGAAGAGCGGUAUUGUACCCGAGAUAGAGUCCGGCUGGUCUCGGGAGCUCGAGUGCCUAUUCUGCUGCCGUGUAGCUCUUUCUUGUUAUCAAUAUUCGGAGCCUUCCGAUGGCCUCGGACAAAGUGCCCGGAGACCGGGAGAGAGGAUAUCAUGAAUUCCAGUCAUGGUCAUGUGCAGCAACCAAAAUCGGCGCCAGUUGCGUCUGUAUGAGUCUGAGUCUCAGUCUGAGAGUCUGUGCCCUCCCGGGGUCCCGGCUCCGGACCUCGAAAAUCAACCCCAAUGUCCAAUUUGGAGCACCCUUGCUUGUCUCCAGGUCACCCACGCUCUCUCCACGCUCUCCCCCAAAGCGCCCCGGAUGUCGUCCGUUGAUCGGAUUGGGUUGAAGCCAUUCAAUUUGUCUACCUCGUCAUGGACAAUGCGCUCAGGUCAUGCAAUCACAAGCAAAAUGCGCUGAUUUUGGGGACCCCAUGAUUUGAUCUUACUUGAGGUGUUUGUCUACAACAGCACAAUCUGCAUCCACUCCGGGUCUCCAUCCGUCCCCAGACGUGGAUUGCGCUACGGCCCAAGGUUACGAUGGCGAUGGCGAUGUGUGUUGUGUGAGUGGGUGAGAGUGGGUUAGUUAGUGAAGGGUUUUUGGUCUUUUCUUUUCUUUGCUCUGCUUUUCAUUAGUAACAUCCAUCUGCUACCAUGUCCGCAUGCUUUUGUCUACAUGGGGAUUUCUAUUAGACAUUAGUUCUGAGCCGAGUCUUUUUCUUGUCUCGUCUCGUCUCGUCUUGUCUGCCUGGUCUAUUUGUAUCAGGCUCUACCCUCUCUUCCUGACUCAGUCGAGUUUCUUCUUUCUUCGAUCUUUACCUAGUUCACGAUACCCUCUUACACCGACAAUAGUGUUGUUCUGGUGUAAUACUCUCUCAUUGUAUGCUCCUCUCCUCCCCCUCCUCCUCCUUUCUCUUACCGGGUAUCUAUCUCAUCCUUGUCUGAUACCUACCUCACCUCACCUCACUUCUUCACCUUGCUCUCUCCCCUUGACGCAAAACUCAGGCCUACAAAAGCACUGACAAUUUGCUUGAUUUGGUUUAUAAAUAUUGGAUGAUUCAAUUGCUAACUCGUUCGACUUUUUUGGUAUCUACACAGACUAUAAGAUUAACCCCCGUGCUUGCGCUUGGAGUAAAUCUAUUACUGCCACAUCUACCCCGCGACCCUUACUCACCCCGCCAAAAAGUUCUGCUUCUACUACUACUACUCCCCACUACCAUCGUCACCUUUAUCCUUAUACCUCGAUUUCUUCUUCCUCUACCUCAUUCUUCUCUACUUAUCCUGCCAAAAUGAGAUUGACUUCAGAGAACAUCAACCAGCGAGUCGUCGCUGCCAAGUACGCCGUUCGUGGUGAACUUGCUGUCAAGUCCGAGGAAUACCGAGCCAAGAUCGCAAAGGGCGAUACCGGCGAUCUCCCCUUCAAACAGGUUAUUUCUGCAAACAUUGGCAACCCUCAGCAGCUCGACCAGAAGCCCAUCACCUUCUUCCGCCAGGUCGCCAGUCUUCUCGAGAACCCUCUACUACUUCAGAACGAGGAGGCCCUUACCAAGCACUUUGGCUACCAGACCGAUGUGAUCGAGCGCGCCAAGUUCCUCCUGAGCAAGAUCGGCUCCGUUGGUGCCUACAGUGCUAGCACUGGUGUUCCUGCUAUCCGCGAUAGCAUCGCCCAGUUUAUUGAGCGUCGCGAUGGCUUCCCUGCAGAUCCCGAUCACAUCUACCUGUCCGCCGGUGCCUCCUCUGGUGUCAACACCCUUCUCAACGUCAUCUGCGCCUCUCCUAAAACCGGCAUUCUCAUUCCAAUUCCUCAGUACCCUCUUUAUACUGCCACUCUCUCCCUCUUGGACGCCACCGCUGUUCCUUACCUCCUUGACGAGCAUAAGAACUGGGGUACCGACGUCGACACCAUCCGUGCCUCAUACGAAAAGGCCAAGGCUGACGGCAUUGACGUUCGAUGCAUUGUUAUUAUCAAUCCCGGUAACCCUACCGGUGCCUCUCUUCCCGAGGAGGACAUUCGUGCUGUCCUUGAGUUCGCCAACAAGGAGAACCUAGUUGUUAUGGCCGACGAGGUCUACCAGACAAAUGUCUUUGUCGGCAAGUUCCACAGUUUCAAGGCUGUCCUCCGCACCCUUGAGAAGGAGAACCCCGGCAAGUUUGACGGCCUCGAGCUCGCCUCUCUUCACAGUGUCUCCAAGGGCAUGGUUGGUGAGUGUGGUCACCGCGGAGGUUACUUUGAGCUUGUCAACUUCGAUGCUGAGGUUGAGGCCAACAUCUACAAGUUCAUUUCCAUCAUGCUCUGCGCCCCUGUUAUUGGUCAGUGCAUCGUGGAGUUGAUGGUCAACCCUCCCAAGCCGGGCGAGCCCUCACACGAGCUUUACAAGAAAGAGUACGAUGGCAUCUUCACCGGUCUUCAAGAGCGUGCUACCGCCCUUCACAAGGCUUUCUCUCAGAUGGAAGGGGUUGAGUGCGCCGAACCCCAAGGUUCCAUGUACCUCUUCCCCACCAUCAACCUGCCCGAGAAGGCCGCCGAGGCUGCCAAGGCAGAGGGUCGAAGCCCAGAUGAGUUCUACUGCAUGCGUCUCCUCGAGGCCACUGGUAUCUGUGUCGUUCCCGGCUCAGGCUUUGGUCAGAAAGAGGGUACCCUGCACUUCAGAACGACCUUCCUCGCGCCCGGCACCGAGUGGGUUGGCAGCAUCGUGAAGUUCCACAAGGAGUUCCUCGAGAAGUACCGAUAAAGCAUCAGUCGCAGUUGGGCAGUAUCAUCACCGUGAGUCGAACCCCCGCUACGCCUGUCGCAAAGCCGGACUUGGAGCGGGGCCCAGGGGUUCGGCACAGAGCGACGAUGUGGCGUGCGGAGGAGAAAGAGAUAAAAUCUAGGAUUAUUAAACAGGAAAUCAUUUUGCAUAGUUUAGCGCCUUAUUAGGUAUUGGAUAGACAGAAGUUCACCAAUCUAGCAUUUUUGUUGUAUGUCAAUAUGGCGUGUCCCACCUCG